GCGGGGAGCUACGGCGGGUACGGAUCCGGCUCGUACGGGCAGCAGGACCAGCUCUACCCCUCGGCCGCGGCGGCGGGCGGGUGGUCCGACGACGGCGCGUACGCGUACCGCGGCGGCGAUGCGCCGGAGCCCUACGGCGCCAGGGGCACCGCGCCGAGGCAGGGCUCCGGGAACGCGGCGCUGUUCGACGAUUACGGGAGGUCGAUUGGUCCCGGGAAGGACAGGGGUGGUGGGGGUGGGGGCGGCGCGGCGAGCGCCAAGGUGGUGAGGGCCGUGCCGAAGGCGGAGACGUCGGAGGACGUGAGGGGCGGGGUGCAGAAGUUCCGGGUCAAGCUGCUGCCCGAGGGCGCCGGUAGCCCCAUGGAUGUGCUGUGCCAGGUUGGUUUGGAUGGGAUUCGGAUGCUUGAUCCCAACACUAGUAGGACACUGAGGAUAUAUCCCCUUGAAACUGUUACGAGAUGGGAUGUAUUGGAUUCUUCUGUAUUUGCCUUUUGGUCCAAGAGUUCGGUUGAUCUUGAAGCAAGAAGAAUACGGCUGAAGUCAAGCAGCUAUACAACCAACACCAUUCUGGACACUGUGACAGCUGCCUCUGUUCAGUUCAAGGAGAUGGCAAGCAGCGUUUCGAGAAGUAAAGCAGCUGUUGAUCCUGCGAGCCCUUCUGAACAGCAAAAUGAGAAGAGGAGGAAUUUCCUUGAUUGGAGGAACUUGGUGAAGCCUGUGACUGAGGAGAAAGACCACUGGGUCCCAGAUGAAGCGGUCAAUAAAUGCACAGCCUGUGCGGGAGAUUUCAGUGCCUUCAACCGCAGGCAUCACUGCCGGAACUGUGGUGAUAUUUUCUGUGAUAAGUGCACCCAAGGAAGGACUCCUCUAACUUCGGAUGCUGAUUCUCAACCAGUCCGAGUUUGCGACAGAUGCAUGGCUGAAGUUUCUCGAAGACUGAGCAGUGCAAAGGAAGCGGCAAAUCGACCUGUUGUUCACAGCCAUGAGGAUCUUGCCAAAAAACUUCAGGAAGCAAUGGAUAUAAAUAAGAAAUCAUCUUCAGGCUCAAGAUCUUCAGAGGGAUCUUCUGGCAAGCGAAUGCGAGAGGUCGCAUGCCCCAUCUGCACAGUGCACCUCCAGGUACAAGUCCCAGCAUCUGGCUCUGAGACGAUAGAAUGCGGUGUGUGCCAGCACCCUUUCCUCGUCAGCUCUCGUUGAACACCGACCGUCGCUCAGAGCUCUUCCACUUUGAUCCCCCUCGAGAUCAUGGCACUCAUCGGGGCCGCUGCUCCAGCCAGUCAUCAUCUGCAUGGCGACCUUUAGUCCGUGUCUGUAUACGAGCUAAUUUAGUACAGUUGUGUUGAGAAGCAAGGAUGAAAGAGAUGAAUAAGAGAUGUUGUUUGCCCAGUAACUUUCACCUGCUAUUUUCGUCGUCUUCUCUUUACCUUUUGUUACUAUCAAAUAUAUAUAUAUAUAUAUAUAUAUAUGUGUAGCUUCAAGUUUCACGACAUGUGAUGUGAUGUGAUGUAAUGUAACGCGUUGCGGUUUGAUUUCUCGCA